AUGGGAAUAUAUACUAUCGUCUAUGGUGGUACCCUCUACGUGUGCUUAACAAAAACGACGCCCAAUACGAGCAAUCGAGUAGUUUUACCCACCAUCACAAUUUUAUACCUGUUUGCUCUUGUCUACUUCAUCCUCGUGUGGUAUAUCCUGAACUGGACAUACGUUUUGCAUGGCGACACCAAAGCGUCGAUUUUUGUGGCGUCCUACGCUCCUCCGGGAUGGUUUAACAUUGCGGACGAGUUGUUACAAGGGUUGCCGAUUGUCAUUGCGGAUGCACUUUUGAUUUGGAGGUGUUACCACGUUUGGGGAAAGUCAUGGAAAGCAAUUUCGUUUCCGUCAUUUUUCCUUGUUUCAGAGCUCAUUUUGGGUAUUUCGGACGUCAUAUUGGAAUCCCAAGUCCCCCUGUAUUCUAUGGCUGGAAGCAGCACUCUUGCGCGAAAAAUCAAAACGGCACUAGCCUUCACCUCUGUCAUCACCACGUCCUCUUCAACCUUUCUGAUCGGAUACAAAAUACGCACAGUAUCCAACGGCAUCGGCCAGUCUUCAACACGGUACAUCCGCAUUUUCACCAUCAUCUUGGAAUCUUCCGCGAUUUAUUCAGUUGUGCUGCUUAUGUUUGCGCUCACCUUCUUGCCAGUGUUUGAUUCGGACAAUCUGGAGUCACCCUUGUCGCAAGCGGGCAUCUACGUUGCUUCACUCCUAAAUAUUAUAUCGGUAUGUGAGAUGCGUAUAUCAGAUCUUUUGGAUGCUGAAGACCCGUAUUUAGGGACUGCCACCGACCAUUAUGGUCCUGUUGAUUGCGCUAUCCACUUCAAACAGCAAGACUUCGACGGCUAUAAAAACCAACGUGUCUACAAUGAACUUUAG